CUCUCUUCGACCUCAUUUAUUCAAAAUCUUCCCCCUUCCACUUCACUCUCCCCCAAUCCAUGGAUCUCUUGUUGACAAGCUGUCACGUACAAGAGAUUAUUUGCUCCGAAUUCUACUAUAACGCGCCUUUGCCACCCCAUUACUUCAUCGCCGAUCCGCAGUAUAUUGAAAACGAGACGAAGCAGGUUCCAUUUCCACAGCUUCGUACUGCCUGUCAACUAGUUUCUCCGUGCAAGGACAUCAAACAUAUCAUACUGGAGGCUGUAUCGAGACGCGACAGGCAACCAUGUCAGAACUUCGGAGGCGAGCCCUCGGGGCGGGCAAGACGGUGUCGCGAAAGGCUCGGUCGAAGCCAGAAUCGGGAGUCUCGUCUGCCAAUCACUCACCAAAUGGUUCACCGGGAAAUUCGCGAGCGGGGUCCCGUGCCAAUUCGCGGCCCGGUAGCCGCUACGCCUCAGAGGAUGAGUUUGAGAGCGAUUCCGAGUUCGACGACGUCAUGACGAUGAGCACAAACUCGGUUGCGUCAGGUGAAGACGAGCUGGGCACAAGCAACACUUGGGCGGAGCGGCUACAGGAUCGCGUCGCCGAAAUUCAGGACCGCAAGCGGAGCAGUGUGCAAGGGCGUGAAGCGACCCUCAGAGCAUACACGCAUCUUUUGCGGCACCACUUUGCGGAACGGCAGAUCGCCCGGUCCGUCGCUGAGAUCAUGCCCAUUUUUCUUAGGAGUAUCAGGAGUGGUAACAGCGACGAGGAGCGUUUACUGGCACUCAAAGCCCUGACUCUCACCAUCCUCACGUCCCCGACAGACACCAUCUUCGAGGAGGCCCUGCCGACCCUGAAAGCGGUCUGUCAGGAUGCAGAGGAAGAAGACAUCAAGGUGGAAGCAAUUUACGCGCUCUGUGUCGCCGUAACGUCCGGGGGAGGGUCGAGUACCGCCGCUGAGGAACUGCUCGAUUUCUUCCUUGAGAUUGUUGAAAGUGAUGGUCAGUCGAUCGACGCAAGGGAUAGCGGUCCGGUAGUGUCGGCCGCGCUUCAAGCCUGGGCAUAUGUCGCCAGUCACAUGGAGGAUCUUACAGUGCAAAGCGAGCCGGCCAUCGAAGCUUUCAUGGAUCAACUGGACAGCACAGACCCCGAUGUUCAGACCAGCGCCGGGUCAAACAUUGCGCUUCUUUUUGAGGCAGCGCGUGACUAUGAAGAAGAAACUGGUGAAAGCUUCCAUAUGCAGUACAACCAGCACCGGAUUAUGACGCGAAUGGCAGAGAUCGUGCGUGAUUCUUCAAAAACCGUCUCAAAAAAGGGUCGACGGCACCUCCGAUCCAACUUUUCCAGCAUAGUCACCUCGCUUGAACGGGGCAAAGGUCCAGGGUAUUCAACGGCCGGCCGCUUGGGAUCCAAUCCGCAUGUGGGCGGAUCGAAGGUUGAAAACGAAGGCGAUUUACAGGAGUUUGGCUAUCGGGAGAAGAUUCGCAUACACAACCAGCAAGUGCUUAUCGACACCUGGUCUCUCCACGUCAGAGCGGAGCUUCUCAAGAUUCUCCUUGGCGGCGGAUUCCCGAUCCACUUUCUGGAGAAUCCGAUCGUCCAUGGCAUCCUGGACGGUGCGGAGGUGGAGUAUCUUUCGAGCCCAGGGAAACGCAAGUAGAUUAAAAGGAAGGAAGGGCGCUGUAUGUAUGGGUGAUACGUAUGGGUGAUUCGUUUGAAUAUCGCUUUAUUACUAGCUAGGUAGGGAGGUACUCAGUCUCCCUUGAUAUUAGUAGACGUAGGAGCUCUCGGGUGGUGCCGUUUCGCCUCGCAUCAUUUCACGCUCUUCAAGGCGAGAAGAUUCAACAAAUUUGAUUGCCUUCCUGU